UAUACCCAGGAAAAUAGGAAAAAGGGUAAGAGAGCGUUAGCUUAUUGGUUGGUCUCUCAAUCGUUAACGUCUCCUACCGAGAGUCGGCGCCUGACAACAGCCCAAAAAUAAAGAUGCCGACUCUAACUAAGCUCUAUACAAUGCAAGAAGCAUCCCAACACAACACCAAAGACGAUUGCUGGAUCGUUGUUGAUAACAAGGUGUAUGAUGUCACUUCAUAUUUGGAAGAGCAUCCUGGUGGAGAUGAUGUAGUCCUUGCUUCAACUGCUAAAGAUGCGACUGAUGAUUUUGAAGAUGCUGGGCAUAGUGAAAGUGCAAGGGAGCUCCUAGAGAGCUUUUGCAUUGGUGAGCUUGACACAUCUGCUCCAGCUAUUCCAGAACUGGAAAUUUCAUCCAAGAAGCAAUAUGCUCAAAAGGUCAUGAACUUAACCAAACAAUACUGGACUGUUCCUAUAGCUGUUGUUGGCAUCUCAGUGGUGGUAGGCCUCUUGUACUUGCGCAAGAAGUGAAGCAAUACAAUAUUUAGUUGCUGAAAAGUAAUUGUUGUCACAAAUUUUGAAUAAUUAGGAGAUUGAUUGAGAGAACUGGCCCAUUGUUUGUAAAAUUUACAGAGAUUUGAUUUGACAAUAGAUAAACAUUACUAUGUUGAGGAUGGAAUUGGAUGAAUAAAAUAUUUUGGGAAAGCAAAGAUUAUUUGGGGGUCAA